GUUAAUCGCUCCUGCUAAGACUAAUUACGGCGUUGGGUGGAGCUGGUCCGACGACACGCGGAGGUGGCGAACGGAAACUGUGAACGCGCGACGCGAGCGCUUCAGUGGACGCCGGACCGCGGAGGAAAACCGUCUCGCGGCAGCCGAUAAGCUGGGAUACGGGCGGCACGAGGCUGCGCGAGCGACUGAUGGGCGCGCGAUCAGGCUGCCUCUCAGCAUAGUUCAACCAUGUGGACCACUGAGGGCGCACCCCAUCCUGAACCCGUCUCCAUGGUAAUGGACGUCAUCGACGCUGACAUGACCAUGUGGACGGAGGCAGAGUUUGAAGAAAAGUGCACCUACAUCGUGAAGGACAGCCCGCUCGAGGGAGUCCCGGAAAGCACCAGUCUGACCAGAGCCGAGGCCUCGCUGCCCCGCAACCUGCUGUUUAAACACCCUCCCGACUCCAAAGAGGUGAUUGGCGUCGCAAGCAAGGAGUACAUUCCUAAGGGUACUCGCUUUGGCCCCCUGGUGGGCCAGUGCUACACUGCAGAGUCUGUGCCCAAGGACGCCAACAGAAAGUACUUCUGGAGGAUCUACUCAAAGGGUGAGUUCAUCCACUUUGUAGAUGGGCUGGAUGAGAGUAAGAGCAACUGGAUGCGCUACGUGAACCCAGCACACACAAAGCAGGAGCAGAACCUGGCAGCCUGCCAGAGUGGCAUGAGCAUCUACUUCUACACAGUGAAGCCCAUCCUGCCCCACGAGGAGCUGCUGGUGUGGUACUGUCCCGAGUUUGCUCAGCGCCUCAACUACCCACCCACUGGGGAGCUUAUGAUGGAGAAACUCAAACAGACUUUGAUGGAGGACAAGCAGACAUCUGAGCCUGACCCGGUCCAUGAGAAGAGCUCCGGGAAGAGGGAGCACAGUGUCUCAGAAAUCCUCAGAGGAACCCGGCAUGAACCCAGUCGGCCUCUGGCCAUGCGGCCCAUCCGCUCGGACAGCUCACCAUGCCGUACGGGCAGCCCAGAGCGAACCUUUUACCCACGAAUAAUCUACCCAUUGCAGCCCCCUGCCACAGUUUUCAACCACAGCUACGCAGCUCAUUCUCCGGGUCAGUCCUCAGCCACGCCCAGCCCCACGGCUAGUAGCAGUCCGGAGACCAGCCCUCUCGGUAGCCCUGGGCUGUCGCCUCCAGCACCCUCAUCGCAGGAGCAGAAAGAGGGCUUUUUCCCAACUACACUGUACAGUCGAGGUUUUGGACAUUACCCUGGCUAUUCCCCCCCUGGCCACAUAUCUUCGGCCUUCUACCCCAGCCCCCAUUAUCCUCGUUACCUGCUGCCACACUAUCCUGUGGGCUGCAGUACCAUAAAUGGAAUUUCCGGGAGUGGUCUGUUCUCCCGAAUGUAUCCAAUGUACAACAACCUGCUCCCAGGGGGUGCUUUGCCACCCCACAUUUCUUUUCCUCCUAGCAUGCUGCCCCAAGAAGGGAGUCGGCAUUUCUUGCUUCCUAUGCCUGAUCCCACCCAUCGGGACCUCCUAUCAGCACCCACCAGUGCCUUCUCUGCAGCUACCCCUGUGAAGAACACACCUCCACGUGUACCAAGCAGUGGGUCCCCUACUGCUGGCGCAGCAGCAUCCACCGACCGCGUACCCACCAAGCCCACCCCAGCCUUACUGGCUACGGGCCGUACCACUGAGGAGGCCAUCAACCUUAGCAAACUGAAGCGUGGCAACACUGGCUACAAGACACUCCCUUACCCCUUGAAGAAGCAGAAUGGAAAGAUCAAGUACGAGUGCAACAUUUGCAGCAAGACCUUUGGCCAGCUCUCCAACUUAAAGGUACAUCUCAGAGUCCACAGCGGGGAGAGACCCUUCAAGUGUCAGACCUGCAGUAAAGGCUUUACCCAGCUUGCCCACCUGCAGAAACACUACCUGGUUCAUACAGGAGAGAAGCCACAUGAAUGCCAGGUGUGUCACAAGCGCUUCAGCAGCACCAGUAACCUGAAAACUCAUCAACGGCUGCACUCUGGCGAGAAGCCCUACCAGUGCAAGCUGUGCCCGGCCAAAUUCACACAGUUUGUCCAUCUUAAACUCCAUAAGCGGCUUCAUUCACGUGAUCGGCCUCACACCUGCCUGCACUGUCACCACAGCUACAUCCACCUCUGUAGCCUCAAGGUCCACCUCAAGGGCCACUGUCCUGCUGCACCUACCAAGCCUGGACGACCCCUUGAGCAGCUCAGUCGUAUCAAUGAGGAGAUUGAGAGGUUUGAUCUCAGUGACAAUGCUGAUCGUCUGGAGGAAAUGGACAGCGUAGAUGUGGAGAGCAUGGUGGAAAAGCAGAUCCUCAACAUGCUCUGGACGGAGAUGGACCUCAAGGCUUCCUACCACAAGAGUAGCGGUGGAGAGCUGCUGUCUUCCAGCUAUGGUGGCCUCUACGAGUCCAGCAACGAGACCUCAGUUAUCAAGAUGCGCCGCAGUAGCCCUCUACCUCUCCUCCCGGUCAAGGUCAAACAGGAAUCCAUUGAAUCCAUGGAGCCUUGAAGCCUACCACAUCUGUCUUUGCUGCAGAAAUUGUGACACAAACUGUGUUUCUGAGAGCCAAUAAGCCUGGAGCUGUGGGUGUAUAUAGUUUCUUUUGUUGCGUGAGGCCUUGGCUGCUCAGUCAGGGACUUAAGUACUCAGGGCUCAAUGAGGCACUGCCUUGGACCACUUUUGGUCUUCUUCCUUACGCUUUGUUUCAACACUUUCGUUAAAGACAAUCAUGUACCUGUGGUUAAUAUUAUUGUCAUUAUUUCUCAUUUUCUUCAGUUAUUAUGUAUCCUUAAUUUAUUAUUCAAUUUGUCAGUCUAAAGUGAAACUUGGAAAUAUUGUUUACAAUGACUGGAUAACUCAUUGUAAUUAUGUCUUAUGUCUAAUGUUUAUGUGGCCAUUCUUUCAUAGAAACUUUUUGUUCCUUAAGGUGAUUUUUUAGAACAUUGUAAGGGAGAGGUGUUUUAGAGAUCAGGACAAUUCAGUAUUCAGGGUUUCUAUGUUUGUCCAUUUCCACCUGUUCACCUGCUUUUUAAGUUUUUGUCUUUGCAUUGCCAAAUGUGGACAUUUGAAAUGCUGAAUGAUUGACUCAGUUUAGGUUUUGUUCGUGUUCUACACACUUUGCUUUCCCUUUCCUUAGUAUGCAUAUUUGUGCUGAAUUUUACUUAUUUAAUUCCUAUGAAAGGGCAUUUUGUAUAUUUUCAUCAACAGUUACCUCAAUGUGUGUGUGUCCAGAAGGAAGAGGGAGCGGCUGUAAUAUUUAUUGCUUUGCUACUUGAAGAUUGAAAACCAAAAUGUAGAGUCCAGCUUUCAGCUUGGCCCAAAGAGCUGGAGAAAUCAAUUUAGAUGUAGCAUGUCGGUUGCAAGGCCGAGAAUCCUUUAUUUAUAGUGGUCUUUAACAUGAUUUUGUCGAUACCAAAAGGAGAGAAUUGAUCAUAGUAAGAUUCUGUCUUGGAUUUGUAGCUAGUUACCAAAGUUUAACUUGAUUUCAUUUCAAACACCAAAAAUGAAAAACAAAGCAAAUGCGUGUGUAUGUAGUGUUAGUUAUCAGGUUGUGAUGUUCUGUAGAUUUUGUUAUGUUUGUUUUGUAAUUUGCCCCUCUGCUCUCAUGAGCAGCACAGACCAAAGCACUCCGGUCAGUUGUGUUUUAACUGCAUCCUUACUCUGCCGGUGCUUUUCACUGACACCAUUUGGGUAACAAAUGUUUUUUUUUUUUGUUAAGAUGUUUGAUAUGAACAUGUAUCUACGGAAAUGUGCCUGUUACUGAGAGCAGGGGCUUGUGUUUAACAGGACGGGUCCCCCUUAUUUCUGACCUUUGACCAAAGUUUCACUCAAGAUCUUCCGCUUUAAUAUUUUGAGUCCCCCCACUCCCUUUACGUUUACAUACCCGUUUACAUGAUUUAUUUAUGUGCGACAUGUCAAAAUGCAAAUUAAAAUAUAAAUGUUCAUUGAUCCACAGAGGGACUGUAUCUGUGUGUGGUGCCUGGUGGGUGCUCAACUGUAGGAUUGGUGCUCUUUUACAGGGUUCUCUCACCACGGUUAGCCGCCUCAGGUUGAGUGGGAACGUCCACAACGCUUGACACGAGAGAACACAGACGGUCCGUGUGUCCCUUCUUCGAACUACUAACUUCUCAUGAACUAAAAUAAAGGUUUUUUUUUUUUUUUUUUUUUUAAAAAGUAGACCCAACAGCUUCCCACAUUGUGAAAGGCGCGGGGGUAAAAAUGAUAGUAAAUCCUCGCGCGCUUCUUUUCCCGCGGUCAGGCGGGCGCUCUCGCGGAGGCACGCAGCCGAGCGCGCGCGACGAGCGGAGAACCACAGGAGAAACGCGAGCGCAAGGUAACAACCCGGCAGCCAAACGCCGCAGCCUUUUCAGCGAGCGUCCGCGGUUAGGGUCUGUAAGUUACGCCUCGGAGAAUUACUUCAGAUCAUAUUUUCUUUGCCCCCAGCAGCAGCGUAUUUUUGGUGAAGUGGACGCGGGCGAACGCGCUGCGGCACGUCGCGAGGUUGAAUCACUUUCUUGAUCUGAUUUAUUUAGGAAGGUCAAGCAGCACGAACCGGUACUCCGGCGUCAAAACGAAACCCCCCGCGGAGCUCUCCCCUUAUUUCACUACGCAUUUCUGUCCGACGGUAUCUUUCCAGUCUCGAUUUUACCAGCGAAACCUCGC